AUGCGAGAUUUGAUGGCAAACUCUACGCUCGACAGUGCCGAUAUUCAACAAAUGUUUCAUCAGCUUCGUAUACGGGAUGCAGAUAAACACUCACAGCGAUUCCUGUGGCGUUUCAAUCUCUCUGAAGAACCGUCAAUUUACCUGAUGGAUGUUGUCACGUUUGGCUCCACAUGUUCGCCGGCAUCAGAGCAAUACAUCAAGAACCUCAACGCGAUGGAGCAUUCCGAAAAGUUUCCUAGGGCAGUUCAAGGUAUCAUCGACAGCCACUACGUCGACGAUUAUCUCGACAGUUUCAGUAGCGAGGAAGAAGCGAAACAGAUAGCUGAAGAAGUGCGUCUAGUUAAUCGGAAUGGUGGGUUUACGUUGUGUGGGUGGCGAUCAAACAACGAAAAUGUCUUGGAUCAUCUGGGUGAGCCAAAGACCGUGAACGAUAAGACACUCUGGCUAACAGGAACAGAGGGAACUGAGCGUGUGUUAGGCAUGUUGUGGUUCCCCAGAACAGAUGAGCUGCGAUUCUCUGAACAAAUGAGCGAGGAUGUGGUAAACUUGAUCGCUGAAGAUAUUCGACCGACGAAGCGGCAGAUUCUAAGGUGUGUUAUGACGCUGUUUGAUCCUUUAGGAUUACUGGCACCUUUCUCUAUCCACGGCAAGAUAUUAACGGUGAUCCUCAAUGCGUUCUCGUGCGUCGGAAAAAUCUUGGAGUCAUCUAAAGCUAGCGAGUGGAGGUGGGUUCCGUCAAGAUUAAACCCUGCGGAUGAAGCGACCAAGUGGGGAAGUGGCCCUUAUUUCAGUAAUGAGAGCAAAUGGUUUGGAGGACCAAGUUUUCUGCUUCUCUCGGAAGAGAAUUGGCCGAAAUCUGCGAAGCCGUCAGUAGCAACUACUGAGGAACUGCGUCCGUCAUCGUUACUUCAUGUGUUGAUUGGAUACCUGAUCGAUUACAAUCGCUUUUCACGCUGGGAAAGACUUCAUCACACUAUCGCUUACGUCAACCGUUUCGUGUACAACAUCCGAAGUGUGGGACCAAGGUAUUUCGGACAUCUUCAGCAAGAAGAGUUACUGGCUGCUAAGGAGACUAUUUUUAAGCAAGUUCAGACUGAAAGUUACAUGGAUGAAGUGAUACUGCUGAAAAGAAACUUAUCUCUACCAUCGGAUCAAAGGAAGCCGUUGGAUUCCAGUAGUCCGUUACACCAAUUCAUGCCGGUGUUGGACAAUCGUGGACUAAUCCGCCAAUACAGUCGAGUAAGGAAAGCUCAACAUCUGUCUACCGAUAUGCGGUACCCUAUAAUAAUGCCAAAAGAUCAUCCUGUAACGUUGCUUCUGAUCGAUUGGUAUCAUCGUACAUACCGUCACGCUAAUCAUGAAACGGUAUGCAACGAGAUACGGCAAGUGUUCACGAUCCCGAGACUUCGUACAAUGGUGAGAAGGAUCUCCCGGGAAUGUCAAUUUUGUAAAAUUCGUAGAGCUCAACCGCAAAUGCCCGUAAUGGCUCCAUUACCAGCAGCUCGGCUUGCUGAUCACGUUCGUCCCUUCACGUAUACGGGAAUCGACUACUUCGGACCGCUUCUAGUGAAAAUUGGAAGAUCAAACGUGAAAAGGUGGAUUGCUCUCUUCACCUGUCUUAAAGUUCGUGCAGUACAUCUGGAAAUUGCUUACAGUUUAUCUACUGCUUCCUGUAUCUCCUGUGUCAGAAGAUUUGUAUCUAGGCGAGGGUCUCCAGUCGAGUUCUUUACAGACAACGGGACAAACUUCCAGGGAGCAGAGCGAAUUCUACGCGAGCAGAUCAACCAGGGAUUGUCUGCAACAUUUACGAACGCGUCGACAAAAUGGACGUUCAUUCCACCGGAAGCUUCGCACAUGGGUGGUAUGUGGGAGCGUUUAGUGCGUUCGGUGAAAACAGCGAUGGGGUGUGCGUAUUCGGACGAGAAGUUGGACGAUGAAGGACUGCAAACGUUGGUCGUAGAGGUGGAAGGAUUGGUAAAUUCAAGGCCUCUGAUGUAUUUGUCGAUCGAUUCUGAGCAAUCGGAGGCGCUCACACCGAAUCACUUCUUGCUUGGAAGUUCAAGUGGUGUCAAACAACCGGUUGUGCCUCUAGCUUUGCGGACUAAGAUUUCGCGAGAUACGUUAACUCAAAUUCAACAGUGUCUUGACGUUUUCUGGACACGAUGGCUAUUGGAAUAUAUGCCAGUGAUUCGCAGACAGUCGAAGUGGUUUGGCGAGGUCAAAGCUAUUGAAGAAGGGGACUUAGUACUGAUUGUCGAGGAAGCGAAGCGGAACGGCUGGACUCGUGGUCGCGUGGCUGCUGUUACGAAGGACAGCGAGGGCAGAGUACGUCAGGCGAUAGUUCAAACCUCGAGCGGACAGCUGCGUCGUCCGGUAUCCAAACUAGCGUUGUUGGAUGUUGGCAAGACACGUGUAGUCUCGGCCAAUGGCAAGAUACACCCGGGGGAGGAUGUAGACGCAGCCGAAGGUCCGGCAACCCUGCCGAUAUGA